GGCGCGAUUUGCAACGCGGGAAAUACUUGCAGAAAUAGGAGCACACAUUGUAUCCACAUUUACAGUGUGAACACAAUUUUUGUAAAUUCAUGAGUUUUUGUGCUAUUUUUUUAUAAGGAAUUGUGGCACGGUUUUCUACGUCUUUGGAAAUGAAUCCUAUUUUCAUUCCUGAUUGAAUAGCUGAAUUUUGUGGGACACUUUCAGUCUUAUAGCUGCCUAACCCAACUUUUUGCAAAAGUUAGGUUACUUGAUAGCAAAGCUGGGUAAAUAGCUUUUUUCUUUAGAUGGCAAGUGAUUCCUGAGCAUUGUGAUACAAUUUGAGAUUUGAUCAGCUUUUGACACAUUCGUCUUUCAUCUCAACGAUGGCCGAGAACAAGCAUCCUCAAGUUAUUUUUUGCAACGACUCUCCAAAGAGGGUCCUGGUGUCUGUGAUCAAAACCACCCCGAUGAAGCCCAGGAAGAACGAAUCUCUGAUACCGACCAGCCCUGGAUUCAGCGAGUUCAUGGUGUACCCGUGGAAGUGGGGGGAGAACGCCCAUAAUGUGAGCCUGAGCCUGAGCCCGGGCUCCGUAAACGGGGCUGCCUCCCCUACCGGGACCAACACCGCCAGCGAGGCGGACAUGGGUGCCUCCCCUGACCAGAUGAAGGACAGUAAAGAGGACGCUAUUCGGCGUGGCCGCCCGCGUGCUGACACUGUCCGUGAGUUGAUUAACGAAGGGGAGAGUUCCUCCAGCCGCAUCCGCUGUAACAUCUGCAAUCGUGUGUUUCCUAGAGAGAAAUCCCUACAGGCCCACAAGAGAACACACACAGGGGAGAGGCCUUACCCGUGUGACUACCCUGACUGUCGCAAGGCUUUUGUCCAGAGUGGCCAGCUAAAGACCCACCAGCGCCUUCACACCGGAGAGAAGCCCUUUGUCUGCUCUGGGAAAGCCUGCGGGAGUCGCUUUACCCAUGCUAACCGGCACUGCCCAAAGCACCCAUAUGCCCGUUUGAAGAGAGAAGACCCCAAGGAGGGACCAGACAAGGCCCAGUCUGUGGACAACAAGGCUGUGGCAGAGUGGCUGGCAAAGUACUGGCAGACCCGUGAGCAGCGUGCCCCUGUGCCCACCAAGGGGAAACACCAGGGCAAGGGCGGGGUGGAGGACCAGGAGCAGCAGGACCCCCGGGAGUUUCUCCAAUCAGAUGAGGAGGAAGAGGAGGAGCCAAUGGAGGAAGAGAAGUGCAACGGGGGUGGGGCUGCCAAACGGAGUCUCCAAGAGCAACGGGAGCGUCUCCAUGGUGCCCUGGCGCUCAUUGAGCUGGCUAAUAACCUGUCUGCCUGAAACCCUACCCAUAUCCCAGUGUUGAAACCCUCCCCAGUCACUCCCCUUCUGCCUCCCUGCUCAAUGUGUUCUGGGUAGAAGUUGUCUGUAGGGAAACAUCUAGGAUAAGCUUACCCUCCCCAAAUACUUAACCAUUAAUGGGGGGAAAUUCUAAGCGGAACUUAGAUCAGUAUCUGGGGUUCUUCUUCUCCAUGUGCAGUGUGGGGCAGGCACAAGCUAAAAGCACCUUAUCCAGCUUCCAAUUGUAUCCUUAUUAGGCUGCUAAGAUUGUAGAUCACAGGUGACUGGUGGCACCUUAGUUGGGGAGGACGGGCUCAUAAUAAUGGCUGGAAUGCAAUAAAUGGAACAUUCCAUUCUCUACAUUCCAGCCAUUAUUAUGAGCCUCCCCUCACCAGCCUCCUGUGUUGUAGAUGUCAAUAUAUGAAGAACGUUUCACUUUCCUCUGCCUUCUAAAGACUGGAGGAGAUUACCUUUUAAUGUUUAGUUUGUUUUGUUUGCACUUUGGUGGUAACGAGUUAUUUGUUAUGUCUUUUAUUUUUGACGAUAAAGUAUAUUGUGUGA